ACCUCCCAGCUGGGCAGUCAGAAGAGGCAGUGGGACCAGUGCAGAGAUCCUCCUGGUGCUUCACCCAGAGGAGCCUUCAGAGACUUAUUCGUUGCCCCUGCACAGUCCACCCACCUGAACACUUUUGACCCGAGCCAUGCCGCAGGACAAGCAGUUUGCCAAGAGGGACACAGAAGAAGUACCAAUAGUCCAAGUCCGUGAAGAGCCACGCUGGCCCUUUCCUUCUGCAGUAGACCUGAGAGAGGACCAUGUCAUUGCGGGCAUCCUCAAGGAGCCUGGCCAGGAGAGGCUGAGCAUCCGGCAAGCUAUGCACAGGGGCCUCUUGACCCAUGGAAUGGGCCUGGCUCUGCUGGAGCACCAAGCUGUCUCAGGGUACAUUGUUGAUUUGGCAAACAAUCGGCUGCUGUCUGUGAGGGAUGCAAAGAAUGCUGGCCUCGUUGACCGAGAGCAUUUCAACACACUCCUCCUUGCAGAGAAAGCUGUGACGGGCUACACUGACCCCUUCUCUGGGAACAAAAUCUCCAUCUUCCAGGCUAUAAAGAAAGGCCUGCUGAUCAAAGAUCAUGGCAUCCGCCUGCUGGAGGCACAGGUCGCCACUGGGGGCCUCAUCCACCCCAUGCAUAGCCACCGCCUCCCUGUGGAGGUGGCCUAUAAGUGGGGCUACUUGGACUCAGAAAUUUUCCACCUGAUCUCCAAUCCCACCAACCACACCAAAAGGUGCUUUGAUCCCAAUGCCCAUGAGAACCUCACAUACCUGCAGCUGCUGCCUAGGUGCAUCCUUGACCCUGUCAGUGGCCUGCUGAUGUUUCAGGUGAUGGACAAGGGGUCUGUCCAUCUGGAUGAGAAUAUGCGGAAGUGCUUAAAGUCUGCCACAAUCAAAGUGCAUCUGGGGCUUUUCCAGGGCGAAGAAGUCUCCAUCUGGGACCUCCUCUUCUCCAGGUACGUCCCUCGGCAUAAGAGGCAGGAGCUGCUGAGGCAGUACAAAGCUGGCACCAUCACCCUUCAGGAGAUCGCCCAGAUACUCACCACCAUCAUCACUGACGUGGAGACCAGAAGCAACCCCAGCUAUUUGAAGAAGCUGAGACCCACCCAAGAAAUGGCUCUUCCAGAGACCGAGAGAUGGAAGCAUGCGCCAGAGCAGGAAGAAACGGACAAGGCGCUCAAGUCCAGGAUGGUCAAGGUGCCGGCUGGGGAGUUCCGGGGGCGGAAGGUCUCUGUGUGGGAACUGCUGCACUCCAAGUACCUCCCGAAGGAGAAGAGAAAGGAGAUCCUGAAACAAUACAGGGCGGGCAUCCUCACUGUAGACCAAAUGGAGACCGUGGUCACUGCCAUUGUAGCCAAAAUAGAGGAGGAGAAAGCCAGAGAGCUGGGCCACAUGACUGGCACAGGUCCGGAAGAACGAGACAGGUCUGACCACCAGGAAGCACAACUGAGGCAAUCGUUACGGCUGAUACGUGUCCCUGUGGCAUCUGGAGAGUUUAAAGGGCAAAAUGUUCCUGUGCUGGACCUCCUCUAUUCAAACUAUUUCACGCAGGAUAAAAGACGGGAGCUGAUGGAGCUGUACAGGACAGGAGCGCUCAGCCCUGAACAGAUGACGUUGGCUGUUAGCAAAACCCUGCAAAAGGCAGAAGCCAGCAGAAAGAAGUUCUCUGUCAGAGUGAAAAGCCGGAGCAAAGAGGCAUCCAAGGAGGUGAAGGUUGCAGAUCCCUCGCCCAGCAAGCACGCAGAUGAUGCGCUGAAGGCCGAAUUGGUCACAUUGUCAACUGGAGAGUUCCAGGGCCAGCAGCUGUCUGUGUGGGAUCUCCUUUUCUCUCACUACCUCACGAGAGACAAACGGGAGGAGCUUCUAGGGAAGUACCGAGAGGGCAAGUUCAGUGUCCAGGAACUUUCAUCCAUGCUCACCAUCCUGGCUUCUCUGCAUGACCUGUUCUACAGUCUGGAGCAGACACAGACAAUGACCAGUAGCUGCUCCUCAGCCCAAGACACGCCUGGUCCUCUCACAACAUCAAAGGAGGAAGAGGAGGAGGAAGAGGAAGACGAUGAUGGUGAUGACGGUGACGAUGGACAGGAUGAAAAGGACGAGGUCUUGAAGUCCAGGAUGGUCGAGGUCCCCAUCGGGGAAUUCCAUGGGCAGAAGGUCUCUGUGUGGGAGCUUCUCCACUCCAAGUACUUCCCAGAGAAGAAAGGGAAAGAAAUCUUGCAGAUGUACAGGAUUGGAAUCCUGACAGCUGACCAAAUGGAAACAGUGGUCACCGCUGUUGUAACCAAACUAGGGGAGGAUAAGUCCAGAGGUGGACAGCAGGUGAACAUCACCAGCCCAGAUGCAGGGGCAUCAAACGAAACAGGGCGUGCUUGCUUUCCCAAGGACAGGACCAUGGAAACCCUCACCUUUGAGUUUCCUGUUGGAGAAUUCCAAGGGCGGCAGGUCUCCAUGUGGGACUUGCUCUUCUCCACGUAUGUCUCCGAAGCCAAAAGGCAGGAACUUCUGAUGAGGUUCAUCACAGGAGCAAUGAGCAGCCAGGAACUGGUCACCAUCCUCACCGCCCUCAUCAUCGAAGAGCACAAGCGGAGAAGCACCACAAGUAUUCUACACCUGUUCAGCCUGUUGUACCCCGAAACCUGCUAUAUGAUGUUUGGGCCAUCCCAGGCUCAGACGGCCUCCAUGCCCAACCUCCUCCAUGCCCAGGAAGAAGAAGCACAUAAAGCCGGAAGAGUGACCUUCAGCGAAAUCACAGUGACCACCACAGUUAUUCAUGGGCCUGAGCAGAAGCAGGAGCAGCCUGCAGCAGGGCAGCCUGCAGCAGGGGGCAGAUUCUGGAACUGAGAGCUGUUUGCCCUGCAGGCUGCUGUGUAGGGACUCCAUUGUAGAUGGGUGGGGUGGGGUGGUUUGUGGUGUGGACAGUGGGAAAGAGAAGGUCAAGGAAGGAGGGGAAGGGCGGGGAAGAAGAUAUUAGUAUAAGUAGGGUUGUUGUAAGAACCAGCUGGUAAAAGGGCAUGGAGGGGGAGAGGCGUAAAUCGGAGGGAGGGAGGGAGACAAGUUGAGGCGCCAUCCGGUCAAUUCAAAGCUGGCUUCAUCUACAGGAUGGUCCUGGCAGCCAUGAUGGGAGCAACUGUGCAGUGUUUAACGUUCACACAAUGAAUGGGACAAAGCAGUGCCGGUGGGAGGGAGAGGGGAGGAAGGGUCCUGCUGUGCCACCCCUUCCCCUUCCAGUGUACCAAAGGGAGACUCCUCAGCUAGCAGAGAGGGCUGUGUGUGUGUUUGAUGGGGGGGCAGGCAGUCAGACUGUGAUGAGGCUUCUCCAACUGAGUGGUCCCGAAUCCAGAUGGUCUCUGCUUAGAAUCAUAGUAGAGUUGGAAGGGGUCUAUAAGGCCAUCUAGUCCAACCCCUGCUCAGUGCUGGAAUCAAUUUUGGCAGGCCAAGGGAAGGGGAGUUGUGCUACUCAUGGCCUCAGAGACAUCGCCCAAACCCAGCCCAGUAUCUGUGGUGUGCCAGCAUGCACCAAAGCACAGGAGUGUGGUCGAUGUGCCUGGCCUCUUUUUCCUGCAGGGUUAAUAUUUCCCUCGAUGGCCUUUGAAUCAGGGUCAUCCUGCAGAGGCUAAAAGAUCCUGAGGCUACUCGUCACAAGCCCCACAUCACAAUGGCCUUGCCAGCUGGGGAAGAGUCUCGCUUUGCUGAGAACUCCUUGAUAGUUUGUCUGCUGGGAACCUGUCAUUCCCACCCCACCCCAGAGGAGCACUCCCUGGGGGAAGACGUCCAGAAUGUCCCAUCCAACAAAUGAGCCAGAAUACAGGCAGAGGGUCUGGAAAGGCCCUCAAAGUGCUCUUGGCCCAACAUUAGUGGCAAAGAGAACAGGGAUAUAAAUGCAGGAAGGCCUCAAAAUGCAUGUGCACAUGCGCACUUUGUGCUUUGAAGGUAGCUGGGGCUGCCUUUUCCUUCCACCUUGCUCUGCUCCUGAGCAUGAAACAGGGUUGAUUGUACGGUGGCCACGGGAGGAAGCAUCUGAGUUUUUAACUCAUUUAGAAUCUAGUUUAGAAAGUGUUAGGAGGGAAGCACCUAAUGAUAAAUCCAGAUCUAUACUGUGAAAUCAAACAGCAAGAGAGAUUAAGGGCCUGAUCCUAGGAGCAGUGGCCUCUGCUGUGUGCAGGGCCUGACUCGGGCUGGCACCACUUUACCUUUUUGCUGCUGCAGGCAGAGUGGCUCUUCUCAGUAAGAAAAUGUUCAAUCUGCCUUGGCUCCAGCAAGGGCUGCCCCGGGGAAGUCGGGGUCUUCCGGUCAUUAAUGUCAUAGAAUCAGAGAAUCAUAGAGUUGGAAGGGGCCUUGUAGGCCAUCGAGUCCAACCCCCUGCUCACAGCAGGAAAUCCACAGCUAGAGCAUCUCCCGCAGAUAGCUGUCCAGCCUCUGCUUGAAGACAUCCAGCGAAGGGGAUCCCACCACCUCCCUAGGCAGUCGGUUCCAUUGCAAAACUGCCCUUACUGUCAAGAAGUUCCUUCUAAUGUCCAAUCUGAAUCUACGCUCCUGCAACUUAAAACCAUUAGACCUAGUCCUACCCUCUGGGGCAGCAGAGAACAAAUCUGUACCCUCCUCUAUGUGACAGCCCUUCAGGUACUUAAAGAGUGCAAUCAUGUCACCCCUCAGCCUUCUCUUCACCAGACUGAACAUGCCAAGUUCCUUUAACCUUUCCUCAUAAGACUUGUUCUCCAUACCGGCUAUCACCCUCGUCGCCCUCUUCUGAACCCGCUCUAACUUGUCUAUAUCUUUCUUAAAAUGAGGCGCCCAGAACUCAACGCAGUAUUCCAGAUGAGGCCUGACUAAUGCAGAAUAUAGUGGGACUAUUACUUCCCUCAACCUGGAAACUAUAGCUCUGUUUAUGCAGCCCAAAACCGCGUUUGCCUUUUUUGCCGCAGCAUCACACUGCUGGGUCAUGUUCAACUUGCGAUCCACUACAAUUCCAAGGUCCUUCUCACAUGCACUACUGCUAAGCCGGGUAUUUCCCAUCCUGUACCCAUGCAUUUUGUUUUUGUGGCUUAAAUGCAGAAUCUUGCAUUUGUCUUUAUUGAAUUUCAUUUUAUUAAUUUCAGCCCAAUUUUCUAGUCUAUCCAGGUCCCUUUGGAUUUUAUUCCUGUCUUCCAUUGUGCUAGCUAUCCCUCCCAGUUUCGUAUCAUCCGCAAACUUCAUAAGGCUUCCCUCCACUCCAUCAUCUAAGUCAUUGAUAAAAAUGUUGAAGAGUAUCGGCCCCAGGACAGAACCCUGUGGCACUCCACUCGAGACCUCCUUCCAGUCCGAAGCAGAGCCACCGACGACCACUCUUUGAGUACGGUUUUCCAACCAGUUGUGAAUCCACCCGACAGUAUUUCCAUGUAGUCCGCAUUUGACUAGUUUGCUAAUCAAAAGGUCGUGGGGGACUUUGUCAAACGCUUUGCUGAAAUCUAGAUAAAUGACAUCUACAGCAUUUCCACCAUCUACUAAGCUAGUGACCCGAUCAAAAAAAGAGAUGAGAUUAGUUUGACAGGAUUUUUUCUUAACCCAUGCUGGCUCCUUCUAAUCACAGCAUUGUCAUCUAGAUAGUUGCCAAUGGCCUCUUUUAUUAUCCGUUCUAAUAUCUUUCCCGGUAUUGAAGUCAGACUGACCGGCCUGUAAUUCCCCGGAUCUUCUUUUUUACCCUUUUUAAAGAGCGGGAUGACGUUUGCCCGUCUCCAAUCCUCCGGCACCUCUCCCGUUCUCCAGGAUUUCUCAAAGAUGAUGGCAAGAGGUUCUGAGAGUACAUCCGCAAGUUCCUUCAAUACUCUGGGAUGUAGUUCAUCAGGCCCUGGCGAUUUGAACUCAAAUGUCUUCGGUUUCUAGCGAUCCAACUUCUGCACACUUUGGGGCACACCUCCACAAACAUGGCCAGUUUUCAGUCACUUGCGCUGGUGGGCCAAAAGCAGAUCCAGGCUGAAAUCAGUGUACAUCUGUCCCAGCUCCGUGGACUGACUGACUGUCCUGCACCUGACCUUGGCACGGGUGUCCUAAUUUCACUGCUCCCCAGCAGAUUUCAAGAGGUACCAACAGAUCCUUCCAGACAGCCGCUUAGCACCCUGGAUCCUUUCCUCAGUGACAUAUGACAUACUCUGUACAGGUAUGGCUGUGAGGCCCCCGUGUGACUUCUCUUCCUGCACUUGCCUAGUUCAGGAGGAGGAAGAAUGAGCAAAGAAGACUGACAAGGCCAAGCACCAGAGCUUUGCCCACUGCCCAUCAGAUGCUUGCCCAGGAGUCGCUGCUUACUAGUUCCAAGCGUGGAGCACUGCGGAAUCAAUCAUGAGCGUAGCAAUACAUGAACUAACAAGAGUGUAGCAAUGCCAACCCUUUCUGUCCAUUUAGCAUGUGUCAUUUGCUCAUUGUCUUGGUGAGUGGUUUGUUCCAUUUUAGUGGAUGCCAAUAAAGAUAUUUCUGGACAUUC